AUGACCUCUCUCAAAUCCAGGGAAGGAAACAGUGCUGACAUCAAAGCAGCUGGAAGUAUGCACCAAUUCCUCAUGACAUUACACUUCAAAUAUGGACAUAUAGCUGUAUUUUGGCACAAGAAGAUUCGUGUCGUUAGUUUAGCAUACCCAGAAGCAUGGAAGGAUGUCAUCAAAUUGUUUGACAGACCAGGUGAAAUCUUUGAAUUCGUCAACUGCCUAAUAGGUUCGAAAAGUAUACAGUUUGCUAAUGGAGAUGAAGGAAAACAGCGACGUCACAUCCAUGACAAAUCAUUUACCCACAGGGCAAUUGAAAAUUACUACAACAGUUUUCAAAAGGCUGCUGAUGAUGCAACUGAUAAAAUAGGAUUGCUUCCUCCCUAUGAUCAUAUAAACCUGACAGAGCACAUGUCCAUGUUUGCGAUGAACGCUGUGAAUAGAGCUAUAUUUGGGGAUUUCUUCAAAGACGAUAAUCAUGCAAUUACAUUGUUGCGACAUUAUGAGAAAUCAACAAUGAGAUUACUGUCUUCUUUCCCAGCCCUGAAAAAAUGGCAUGACUUCAUACGAAGUUUGAUUCAGCAUCGACGUGACAACCCACCUGAUGUGGACGAAGAUUGGACGUUUAUUGAUAAUUUGAUGGAGAAUUCAUCAACAGAGGAACAACUUUUUUCAGAUGUCAUCACAUACUACAUUGCCGGUUUUCAUACAACAACAUUCACGCUGGUAUGGAUAAUUUAUUUUAUGUGUAAAGACCAAAGUGUUCAGGCUAAGCUGCAUGAAGAGCUUCUAAGAGUUCUUGGCCAAGACCAGAAUGUGAAUAAUGUGAACAUUAAACAUCUUCAGUACAUGAGACAAGUGAUUGAUAAGUCGAUGAGAUGUUCUCUAAUAGCCCCAUUUGGUGCAAGGGUGAAAAUCAAAAAAGACAUGAAUAUACAGGGAUAUACAAUACCAAAAGAAACACCAAUGAUGCAGGCAUUUGGCGUUGUUCAUCGUGAUGAGAAAAUAUGGCCUGACCCAGAAAGAUUCGACCCUGGAAGAUUUUCUCUGGAAGGUUGUAGGAAACGUCAUGCAUUGGCGUUCACUCCAUUUGGAUUUGCUGGUAAACGGAAAUGUCCAGCAUUUCGUUUUUCAUAUGCUGAGAUUUGUGUAUUUUUGUCAACGCUUUGUAGGAAGUAUAAAUUUCAACUUGUCGAGGGUCAAACCAUUGGCAGAAAAUAUGGAUUUGUGACCACACCAAGUGACGAUGUCUGGGUCACAGUUACUAAAAGAGAGUAA